GCGAGGCGGAGAAAUACUCAUUUAUUUCAGCUUGUUGAUUCCUUCCUUUCAAGCUGCAGCUGUCCUGCUUUCCCUUAGUUGGUUUCUAAAAGGCAAAUGGCGGCCCCCGAGCAGCCGCUGCCAAUGGCCAGAGGAUGCCAGAGCUCGUCUUCGCUUUCCCCGCCUCGGGGCGAGCGAACCCUUCUCGUGAGGCACUUGCCAGCCGAGCUCACCACCGAGGAGAAGGAGGAUUUGCUCAAGUAUUUCGGGGCACAGUCGGUGCGCGUGCUGUCAGAUAAAGGGCGACUGAAACAUACAGCUUUUGCUACCUUCCCUAAUGAAAAAGCAGCUAUAAAGGCACUGACAAGACUCCAUCAACUGAAACUUUUAGGUCAUACUUUGGUUGUUGAAUUUGCAAAAGAGCAAGAUCGAGUUCAUUCCCCAUGUCCCUCUUCAGGUACUGAGAAAAAGAAAAGACCUGAAGACCCUGUGGAAGAUGAUAAAGAAAAGAAAGACCUUGGUUGUUUAACCAUAGAAAAUGGAAUUGCACCAAACCAUGGGCUGACCUUUCCUCUAAAUUCAUGCCUCAAGUACAUGUACCCACCACCUUCAAGCACAAUCCUAGCAAACAUAGUAAAUGCUUUGGCAAGUGUGCCUAAAUUCUAUGUACAGGUGCUUCACCUUAUGAAUAAAAUGAAUUUGCCCACACCUUUUGGACCAAUUACUGCACGACCUCCCAUGUAUGAAGAUUACAUGCCGCUGCAUGCACCUCUUCCGCCUGCGUCUCCUCAGCCCCCAGAGGAACCGCCUUUGCCAGAGGAGGAUGAGGACUAUUCUAGUAAGGAGUCAGAAUAUGAAAGUAGUGACGAAGAAGACCGGCAAAGAAUGAACAAACUAAUGGAACUAGCAAAUCUUCAGCCCAAAAGACCAAAAACAACAAAGCAGCGCCGUGUGAGAAAAAAGCAAAAAAUAAAGGAUAUGUUGAAUAUACCUUCAUCCGCCUCACACAGUUUACAUCCUGUAAUGUUACCUUCGGAUGUGUUUGACCAACCACAACCUGUCAGCAAUAAAAAAAUUGAAUUCCAUAUAUCUACUGACAUGCAAACUGCAUUGAAGAAAGAGUUAGAAAAGGAACAAAAUUGUGAUGAACAAAUCUGUGGAUUUGGAAAGAUCUUCCCAAAACCUAAUAUGAACAUCACAGAGGAGAAUAAAGAGGAUUCCGAUGACAUGCCAUCAGAAUGUAUUUCUAGGAGAGAAUUGGAAAAGGGCAGAAUUUCCAGAGAAGAAAUGGAAAAACUUUCGGUUUUCAGAAGUUAUGAACCUGGAGAAGCAAACUGUAGAAUUUAUGUGAAGAAUUUAGCUAAACAUGUUCAAGAAAAGGAUCUUAAAUAUAUUUUCGGAAGAUAUGUUGACUUUUCUUCAGAAACACAGCGGAUAAUGUUUGAUAUACGCUUGAUGAAAGAAGGUCGAAUGAAAGGACAAGCUUUCAUUGGGCUUCCAAAUGAAAAAGCAGCAGCAAAAGCCUUAAAAGAAGCUAAUGGAUAUGUUCUUUUUGGAAAACCUAUGGUGGUUCAAUUUGCUCGAUCUGCUAGACCAAAACAGGAUUCUAAAGAAGGAAAAAGAAAGUGAUAAAAAUUUGUAAAGAAGCAUUCCUGCGUAAAUACUGCUGUGUAUCCUUUCUUGUCGUAUCCUUUUUGGGGGUAGUGUUUUUGUUUUUCCUAGAAAUGUUUUGUCCCUCUCUCAUCCAUUGAUCCAAAUUAAGCAUUACUUUUUUACAAUUUAUUCAGGUGAAAUAUUUCUAAAGUUAUUGUGUUGAUUGAAGAAAUCUUUUAUGUAUUUUUUUUUUAGAUUUGUUGCUGAAUUUUCAAUGCUAUACUUUAGAUUAUGUGAUUUUUUCAGGGAAAGUUAGUGAAUCAGGUCAACUUACUUGGAGAAUGUGUACAUUUACUUUGACACAGAAUUUAGUCAUGUUUUUUUCUUUUUAUGCAUUUCCUAAACCUAACUCAAUAACGUAUUACAUUUUCUGUUUUAUGAUGUAUCUGGUUUAGGUGGUCUGUGUAACAUGUUGAAAAUUUGAUUGUGAAAAGGUUUUAUAUAUAUGUAUAUAUAUAUAUAUAUAUAUAAAAUUAAAAAUGGGAUUCCGAUCCAAGUAAGAAUAAUAGUCCUUACUCCAAGUUCCUACUGAAAUUUCCUUUAAGAUACAGAGGAAGUAGAAGUAUCUUUUCCUCUCUAAUUUUUUUCUAAGCAAACAAAAAGGAGUAAGGCUGACAUGUAAAAGACAUGAUGUUGAUUCAGGGGCAGCACAACAUGUGGAAAGAAACAAUGCUUUAUGUAGGUAAGAAGAGUAGUUUGUAAGGAUGGUGAUCACAACCAACUACAGCAGAGGUGCUCGAUCUUGAACUGCACAUUAGAAUGACCCGGGACAUUUUUUUAAAAUAAUGACUUUUGUAAAAUAAAAAUACAGUAGUCUAAACAUAUAUACUGAUGUCUGGGUUCCUGUUCUGGAGUUCUGAGUUAAUUGCAGCAUGGAUAUUAGAAUUUUUGAGACUACCCAACUUUGAUUUAACUUUGAGGACAGAUUUUCGCACAUCAAGAUCCCUUCCCUGAACUAAUAAGUCAAAAUCUCAGAAAUAGAACCAAGAAACUAACUUCAGAAGAUUUCUUUUAGGGUUAGGUUCUGUAGGACUAAUUAGUUCAGAUACUGGUUUGUUAGAUUGAAAUGGUAAAGUGCCUUAUCCCACUUCGCCCUCUAGUAUUAAAUCUCUACAUUUCUUUCUUGCAAAUUAUGCUAUUAGUGUUAUUAAAGAAAAAAUUCAAAAUUCUGUCAAUCAUUAUCAACCCAAAAGGAUUAAAUUUAUGGAUAUCGAAGUUGCUAUUUUUAUUUCU